GCGGCCGGCUUCGGUCAGGAGACGGGCUCCCCGGCUGACUAUGGCCCUUCUCUCCCUGCCAGCCUCGCCACGGCUGCCCGCCCCGCAGACCGGCUGACCAGAGCCAGAGGGAUGGUGGUAGUCACGGGCCAGGACAAAGCGAGCGGACGCCCGGGCGAUGCCAUGUCGGAUGCGGAAGAUGAUUUUCAAGAGGUGGCCACCCCCACGGCCACUCAGGUGGAGCACUCCUUGCCCUUGCUUCCGCAGCAGUUCCCUGAAGUGGUUCCCCUGAACGUUGGAGGCGCCUAUUUCACGACCAGGCUGUCGACCCUGAGGCACCACGAGGACACCAUGCUGUCGGCCAUGUUCAGCGGCCGCCAUUACAUCCCGACAGACGCCGAGGGCCGGUACUUUAUCGACCGAGACGGAACGUUCUUUGGGUAUGUGUCCUUUGGAGACGUGCUUAAUUUUCUGCGAUCCGGCGACUUGCCUCCGAGAGAACGCGUGAAGUCAGUUUACAAGGAAGCUCAGUAUUAUUCCAUAGGACCGUUGCUAGACAGUCUAGAAGAGCUGCAGCCCCUUAAAGGAGAAAAAGUCCGGCAGGCUUUCCUGGGCUUAAUGCCCUAUUACAAAGAGCACUUGGAGCGCAUCGUGGAGAUCGCCCAGCUGCGGGCCAUGCAACGGAGAGCCCGCUUCGCCAAGCUGAAGAUCUGCGUCUUCAAAGAGGAGAUGCCGAUCACGCCCUACGAGUGCCCGCUCUUCAACUCCCUGCGCUUCGAGCGAAGCGAGGGCGAAGCCAAGCUCUUCGAGCACCACUGUGAAGUGGACGUCUCCUUCGGGCCCUGGGAGGCGGUGGCGGACGUCUACGACCUCCUGCACUGCAUCGUGACGGACCUCUCCAGCCGGGGCAUCGCCGUUGACCACCAGUGCAUCGGCGUCUGCGACAAACACCUGGUCAACCAUUACUACUGCAAGCGACCCAUUUACGAGUUCAAGAUCACGUGGUGCCCCCGGGGCGUUGUAAUCCAAGAGGGCACCGGGUUGGGGAAAGACGGCUCCGGAGAGAUGCCUGCCUUGUUAUGCGGCGGCAGGACGGAAGGCGGCGGCGAGGAAGCCAGGAGCCCCUCGGGCCGGGACAGGCGGGGACCCCGCGGGAGCGAGAUGAACCUCAAGUCGGAACGCCGAGGCAUCCACGUUGAUCAGUCGGAGCUGCUCUGCAAGAAAGGAUGCGGUUACUAUGGCAACGUAGCCUGGCAGGGCUUCUGCUCCAAGUGUUGGAGGGAGGAGUACCAGAAGGCCAGACAGAAGCAGAUCCAGGAAGACUGGGAGCUUGCAGAGAGGCUCCAGCGCGAGGAGGAAGAGGCCUAUGCCAGUACCCAGCAACCCCAAGGGGCUCAAUCCCUCACUUUCACGAAGUUCGAGGAGAAGAAAACGAACGAGAAGUCGCGCAAAGUGACGACCGUGAAGAAGUUCUUCGGGGCGUCCUCUCGGCCAGGAGCUAAGAAGGAGGCCCCGGAAGCCAAGGCCCCCAGCCCUUCCAUCAGCAGGCGGGUCAGCGUCGAGACGGACCGGGUCUCCAGGGACUUCAUCGACUUCCUCAAGACUUACCACAAGCCCGGCCAGGAGAUCUACAAGCAGUGCAAGCAUUUCCUGGACGCCAUGCAUCACAAGCGGGAGCUGAGUAUCGAGGAACAGUCCGAAUACGCCCAGGACUUCUACCAGAACGUGGCCGAUAAGCUCCAGUCGCGCUGGAAAGUGUCUCCGGAAAAAGUGGAGAAAGCGAUGGAUCAGAUUGAGAAGUAUCUCAUGACGCGGUUGUACAAGUAUGUUUUCUGCCCGGAAACCACAGAGGAUGAGAAGAAGGAUCUUGCGGUUCAGAGGAGGAUCAGGGCGUUACACUGGGUGACUCCACAGAUGCUUUGCGUUCCUGUCAACGAAGAAAUCCCCGAAGUCUCCGACGUGGUUGUCAAAGCGAUCACAGACAUCAUUGAGAUGGACUCGAAGCGCGUCCCGCGAGACAAGCUGGCCUGCGUCACCAGCUGCAGCAAGCACAUCUUCACCGCCAUCCGGACCACCAAGGACGAGCCGGCGUCGGCCGACGACUUCCUGCCCACCCUCAUCUACAUCGUCCUGAAGGGCAACCCGCCCCGGCUGCAGUCCAACAUCCAGUACAUCACCCGGUUUUGCAAUCCCAGCCGGUUGAUGACCGGGGAGGACGGAUAUUACUUCACAAACCUGUGCUGUGCCGUGGCCUUCAUCGAGAAGCUGGACGCUCAGUCCCUCAACCUGAGCCAGGAAGACUUUGACCGCUACAUGUCCGGCCAGACCUCUCCGAAGAAGCAGGAGACCGAGAGCUGGCCGGCCGACGUGUGCGCGGGCGUCCGGCAGAUGUACAGGAACCUGGACCUCCUGUCUCAGCUCAACGAACGGCAGGGGAGGGUGACGAGUGGGGUCAAAAAGCUGGAGCGGGACCUCAUCGACUGGACGGACGGCGUCGCGAAGGAAGUCCAAGAGAUCGUCGAGAAGUAUCCUUUGGAGAUCAAGCCGCCAAGCUCGGCUUUGGCGGCCAUUGACUCCGAAAACGUGGAGAAUGACAAACUGCCACCUCCGUUGCAGCCGCAGGUGUACGCGGGAUGAUCCCGGCUUUCCGGAGGGGCCUCGUAGGCGUCCCUUCCCUCGGCUUUCUUCCGCUGGGAAGGUGGGUUAAGGGCACAGUCAGAUGCGUUUAAAACCGGCACAUUUUAAAGGUACUGUUUGCAGGCAGGCACAUUUCCUGAUAUUUAUUUUUAGCCAGAGUAGUUUACUAUGAGGGCUGUAUUUCUGCGUGUCCUUGAACUGAAUUUAACUCCUCCCCUUCCCCUUUUUACACAAAUUUAAUCUAAUUUUUAAGGACCAUUUUGGUGAUAUGUAUUUUCCCCCUCUUCCCAGGCAUGUGCUCGUGUGGAUGUGUGUGUUUAAAUAAUCAGUGGAUGCUUUUGGGUGGGUUUUCCUUCCAACGGUCAGCACUUUGCAAAAGGAUAUCGAGGUGCAGGUAGAUCCAGGAAAGGUACUGAAUCUCCUUCCUCCCCCCUCCCCCCCCAAAAAGAAGGACCUCUGUUGUAAAGUAAAUAUUUAAAAUUGUAAAUAGGUUUGCAACAUUGGGCAGUGUCUUACCUGCAUGGGCGUCUUUAAGGAAUGAUCAAUGCUCAUUUUUAUUUUUUUCGCUGUCAGUGGGGCAAGUUCACUGCUGAAUCGUUUUCUUCCAGGAAUUGGGGGUGCGGAGGAAGUGUUUAAAACACAAAAGCACCACAUCAUAGGAAAAAAACCUCGCUUCGUCUCCGCUGUCAUUCGGCAAAGGGCAUCUCCUGACCUAGUUUCUCAUCUAAGUACGGCAAAAGAGAGAGAGGAGACGGAAACGCUUCCAUCUGCACGGGUUGGACUAUACCAGCCGGGUCUGUUCGAAGACGAGCGUGGGAGAGGAGGAACCUGCCUGUUGGUGGGUUGCUGGAGCCUGGAAUUGCAGGAGCUCUAAAAGUGAGCAGAACUGGUCCAUGGGUGAACCGGCUGUUUGACCCCCGUGGUUAAAAAGUGCUCUCUUCCCCCCCCCCCCCCCCGUCUUGCAAGCUUCUGUUGCAGCGCUGCAAAGCAUUUUGGGCUUUGUGGCAAAAUGCUACCUUGCGCUGAGGAAAUCGGAACCGGGGCGUGUGGAAAUCCCUUUUCCUGGCCCACGUUCCUGCCUGUUCUUUAUCGGAUAGGUGAGCAGGCCUUCUUAAGUUACAGGCUGACAAAUAGUAGGUUUGUAAAGGACUCUCUGAGGGGUGCAAACCAUGCUCCCCAACUCCCAUCAUUCCCAGCUGGCAUGGCACCCCCAUUUCCCCCUCCAGUAACUCAUCAGAAGCAUCCAUAUGGCACCCACACUUCCCUCAGCCAAUCAGGAGGCAACAAUUAGCAUACCGGGCGGCGUUCUCUCUCUAUGUACGUGCUUUACCCCCUCCGCUGACCCCCGCCUAUGCCAAUUGCUGCCUCUUGAUUGGCUGCUCUGCGGGAGGGACGUGGAGGUGUAAUCUAACGGGCAAGCAAAGCUUUUGUAAGGAAGACGGGGCCUUUCCUGUUCUCUAAAGGCUACAAAGUCCGCAAAGGCGUAGUCCGUUAUUGGAAGAGAAUGCUGCUCCCUGAUUGGCUGCCACGCACGUUGGGAGUCGUCGGACUUCUUCCUCUCUCCACACCCGGGCCGGGCCCCAAACGGCGGAUUGCGUGCAAAAUGGCCGCCGUGCUUCGGAAUUCCGCAUCGGAAGCUUGCGCAGACCUAACGCGCCGCUGUGAGGGCCCUGCCUCGUUCCCUGUUCCCAUAGCCACGUUCACGCAACUGAUUGGAUCCUUCCCCUUUCGCCGAGGAGACAUCCAGACCUCGAGGCUCCGCCGGCCUGAUCCGUCAACAAGCUCGGCCGUUCCCCUCCAACCUGGCGUUGUCCAAUUGCAUCGGACCCUUAACUUCCAGCGUCCCUGAUCCUCGGCCGUGUUUGCCAUGGCUGAUGGGAGUUGGAGCCCAAAUCAUCCCGAGGGGCGCCAGGUCCGGGGAAAGGCUGAGCUGACGACGUUUCCUGUCGCCUGUGUGAACUUGGCGGAGACGGGGCUGUUUGUAGGCUCUUCCUGUGAGUCGCACGGAAACUCCGUUAGUGAGUCUUUUCGCGAAGGAGAACGUUUACGCUCGUCCCCUCCCUUAUUAAGUUUGUCUCGAGUGUCUCUGGCUUCUUUUUUGGGAUGCCAAGUCAGCCCGGAGAGGCUUGGUCGUCCAGAUUAGCAUGAAACCUCACUCAAACGUCAAAGCUCAAGUCAACGGCUACUUGGCCCGGCACUCCAUUGUAUGAUAAGCACUCCUCUCUCGUUACAGCGUUAACCGGUUUUGCACUGCCUCGUGACACUUCUUAAAACACCACUUCAGUUUUCUCUCUCUGAUCUAGCCAAGUCCUAUUUGUCCAUCCGAUGAUCUUCCGGUGAAACUCUUACAUUAUUUUGGAAUAGGGUUUCCCAGCGCCUCAUUCUGGGCUGCAUUUUUCAGCGUCGUCGCAAAAUUGCACCUCUGCGCCGCCCUGGGUCCGCAGGUGUUUCUUUUAAUUUUGCAAUCACUCCAGACCAAGACUGGGAUCAGUUCUGUGUCCCCUUUGAAAAGCACUCUUGAUUUCUUUUGAGCUACAUCUUUGGGGUUUCUCAGAAGGUAGGUAUUUUAUGGCGUUCCCCCUCCAGUUAAACUGAGCAGCUGCAGUGAACAAUUCAGUCAGUAGACAACCGAAACUCCAUAUUUGUUCUCUUCUCUUCUUCGAGGGUUCCAUUCUAGAUCAAGGCUCCCUUUCUUUCGCCUCUUUCUUCUCUGCGUGACACACUAGGUGCUAAUUCUGGUUUCCAGGUACACGUUUUCACUCCUAAAAGAUGUAUCAUAGCUGCUGUUACUAAACCGCUGUCAAAUGAAAUAAAACCUGUACGACACGACUCCACUGUUAGUCAGCCA